AUGGCACAGCUCGUGUGCCGGAAAAACUUGGAAACGGAGGAAGAGGUCGAAGACUUUGAAGGAGAAGAAGCAAAAGCGGAUUGUAAUGCAACCGAUCCGUUGACAUCCGACGAGGAAGAUGUCGUGACAACAGAAGCGGCAACAUGGUGUUAUUCCCAACUGUUCGCUGCGCCGGAGACAACGGCGCCGGACCCGAUCAUCUGCACGUUUUCUCAUCUUCUUCAGACGCAUCGUACAACUGCCGAAGCCGCUGCUACGUCUUCCUCAGCGCGCCCCGACAGCGACCAUGAGCCUCUGACGGCGGCAGGAGAGCCUGGAGGCACCGACGAGCUCGGGCCCUCUUUGUCUGUGGAGGAAAGGAGGGUGACGCGUGAAGCAGAUCCUUGGACGGAACUGCGUUCGGCUGAGACAGGCUCAGGUGAUGUGCAGCGGAAGAGAGAAAACGGAGAAGAAGAAGUACCCGCCUUUGCGGGGAUUGAAGCAAUCCUGGAGCAGACAGCUACACGAAGAGGAAAGGGGAAAAGAGAAAAAGGCCGACAGUCCAACAGACCUCGGGAGGUGAAGCCAGGUUUUGGGCAUUCGGAAAAGACAUUCCUUCCGCAGUCAGCAGGUGUACGGACACAGCCUGUCGAAGACGGAGUUGAAUAUUGUGCGAGCGGAGACGGAGCUCCGUGUGUCUCAAGCUGGGAUGGCAACUCUCGCUGCAGGCCGAGUACGCAGCAGUCGCCGUCUCAGUUUUGUCCGACGUGUGGCCAGCCUAUUGUCUCGGAACUGUCGUCAUCUGAUGUAUGUGGGGACAGUUGGUCUUCUCGAGCGGGUCUCCCCAGCUGUGCAGUCGCGACCUCCCGUCCGGACCCGUCACAACCGGAUGUGCCGGCAAAGGAAAAAGUGCGAAAUGGAGUCGGUGCGUGCGCGUUGAACAGUGGUUUGAACCAAGGAGGAACGCAGAGGUUAGGAGGGCAUGUUUCAGGGAAGCCGAUGGCACGUUCCGAUAUUAUCCGCCUCCUACGGCCACCACCUGUGCCGGUGUCGGUAGCAUUUGAUAGACUUAAUUCGACGGCAGCAUGUCUCUGGCGUGAAUAUCGAGACACUGGGGAACAGGGUGAGGCAUCAGUUCAAGCGGGGAGAGAGAAAAAUAUGCAUGGAAGAUGCGUUCCACAGCUCAGCAGAGCGAUGCAACAGCACGCUCAGUUGCGUGCUCAAAUAGCAUGUCUGGUUGGCGAUACACCAGAUACGGAUGCGGACAGCGUUCCUGCCGGAGCUGCUGAGGUUUUUCAGGUUCUUUCAACAGACAAACAGGACGCGCUUCUUGAACUUUUGCUGUCCUGGUACUAUGCUGGUUUCUACAGUGGGCGUAUCAGUUUGGAAAUAGGGUGA